AUGUCCCAAUCCCCAUCUUCCCCCCUCAAUAAAGUCAAGAAUUUCUUCCGUCGUAGUAGAACUGGCGAUGGAAGUGGUACAAUAGCACCUCCACCACCAGCACCAGAAGGUGUAGAGGGUGCUGCCACACCUGCUAAAGCUCCCUCUACCUCCAAGGACAAAAAACGGAAGCUUGCAGCUUACCAAGGUGACGCCACCAAUGAUGGCAACCGUACCCCUAUGCAAAAAAGACUCGAUAGAGCUCGUGGCACACUAGGGCUCAGGAGAACAAGGGGCAUAUCGACGGAUCUCAAUCUUCCCAAAGCUCCCGAGCAAGAUCCCGAGGAAGGUGCUGAGGAAGAUUCCGAGGACGAUUCUGAAGAUCCUGAGGAAAAUCCCGAGGCAAAGCUUCCUAACCUCACUGCGAGUCCUAGGAGCCCUGGAAUGUACACUGGUAGGCUUUCCUCGAAGCUGAAUCCAGACAAAAUUCACAUAUUAGACAGAACACCUAAAAGGGCUAAAAUUAACCAUUAUCAAGCGACGGGGGCUGAAUUUGAAAACUGGAUGGCCAACACCAACCCAGCUGGGCCUGCAUGCCCAGUCCGCCAGUCCACACUAACACUUGCUGCUCUAGUAGAGGCCCGUCCCCCAAAUGAGCCACUAUUCAAGGUAUGGGAAACCUCGUUCGUUCCCCCACCGCGUGAAAUCAGGGAGAGUCUUAGGACGACAAACCUUCCAAGAAAUCCGAAAAGUGACGACUACCGCCAUUCGAAGCUACAGCGCAAUAAGAUGUGGACCGAGGUGUCCACUUACGAGCAUUGCAUCGUGGGUGGUGCGAUCGUUGUACAUGCAGCUUUCAGACAUAAAUGGGGACCCCAAUGGUCUGACAUUGCUCUAGCUUUAUACAAACGGGAUUCCGAAAUCGAUACCCUUCAAUAUGUUUUCAUGGUAACAGUGGAGAAUGAGGAGACACUCCCCUUGGUGGGGAGGGUGCUAUACCGAGAGAAUAAUCUUCCCGGUCCUAGGAAUAGAUCUAUAACUCCAGCCAUUCACACUUGGAACCUGAACACUCCACAGUUCCAGCAAAUCCUAGGAUCACAGAUGGGGAGAGCGGUGGCCCGCCUUGUUCUAGCGACUUGGCCUGCAGGUACUCAUCAGAUCCCUACAAUUCACACUUGGUUUUUGAGCGGCAACCUACAUAUGCGGUUUGAUAUUGCGCGGAUUGGUUCAACUGGCGCUCCUCCACCUCGCGCUCCUCCCCCCGCGACUCCUCCGACCCCUUCCCCAGCUGCAAGAAAAGGUCAACGUGGACGAAAAUCCUGA